AAAUGCUCUUCUUCUUCUUCUUCUUCUUCUUCUUCUUCUUCCUCUUCUUCUUCUCCACUGAGAUUUUCUGUCUGGGUUUUCACCAAUGAUGUUGGCUGUUGUUGAAAGUCAUAGGCAUUCUGUGAGUGACGUGUCGGUCUCGGAUGAGUCCACGUUUGAUUCUUGUGGGUCGGAUUGUUGCUCUUUGGAGGGUGUGGAUUUGGAGAGUGGGGUUUUGGAGCUGAAGCAGAAGCUGGUGGAGUUGAGUAAGGUUGAGAGGAUUUGCAGGAUAUGCCACUUGGGUUAUGAGGGUGGAGGGUUGGACUCUUCUGGGGUCCCAAUUGACUUGGGGUGCGCUUGCAAAGGUGACUUGGGUGCUGCUCAUAAGCAAUGUGCUGAGACUUGGUUCAAGAUCAAGGGUGAUACUAUCUGUGAGAUCUGUGGCGUCGUUGCAUUCAACAUACAUGGUGAGCAGACCAAUGAGGGAAAUGGAGCCACCGCUCCGACGUCCCCUUCACCGGCAGCAGCAUCUGUGAUCAUGGUGGAAACUCAAACCAUGUGGCAUGGCCGCCGCAUUAUGAAUUUCCUGCUUGCUUGCAUGAUCGUUGCUUUUGUAAUCUCAUGGCUGUUCCACUUCAAAGUACUAUAAUGAACACCACUAAAGAAAAGAAAGGCCUUUUCUGUAUAAGUUAUUGCUCUA